AUGAAAGGCUUCCUGAGCCUUUCCCUACUCCCGUUGCUGACCGCUGCCUCGCCUGUCGCGGUUGACUCCAUCCACAACGGCGCUGCUCCUAUUCUUUCGUCUAGCAACGCAAAGGAAGUCCCAGACUCCUAUAUUGUCGUUUUCAAAAAACAUGUCAACCCUGAGGUUGCUGCUGCUCAUCACAGUUGGGUGCAGGACAUCCACGAGUCUCACUUUGGGCGGUUUGAGCUUAAGAAACGGUCACUCUUUGGCGUAGGUGAUGGGUCCUUUCUUGGUCUCAAGAACACAUUCAAUAUCGCUGGCUCCCUGGUGGGCUACUCGGGCCACUUCCAUGAAGAUGUGAUCGAAGAAGUCCGGAGACACCCCGACGUUGAGUAUAUCGAGAAAGACUCUGAAGUUCAUACCAUGGUGGAUUCGGAUGUUGAGAAGAAUGCCCCCUGGGGUCUGGCCCGUAUCUCUCACCGUGAUUCCCUUACCUUCGGCACAUUCAACAAAUACUUGUAUGCGUCUGACGGUGGCGAAGGCGUCGAUGCUUAUACUAUCGACACUGGCAUCAAUGUUGACCACGUAGAUUUUGAGGGUCGUGCCACUUGGGGAAAGACCAUCCCUACCAAUGAUGAAGAUCUCGAUGGUAACGGGCAUGGUACUCAUUGCUCGGGAACCAUGGCCGGCAGAAAAUAUGGUGUUGCCAAGAAGGCAAACCUCUUUGCCGUCAAGGUCUUGAGAUCUAGUGGCUCUGGCACAAUGUCUGACGUGGUUCAGGGUGUUGAGUGGGCUGUACAUGCCCAUCUGAAGAAAGCCAAGGAGGCCAAGAAAGGCAAGGCUAAGGGGUUCAAGGGCAGCGUUGCAAACAUGAGUCUUGGUGGUGGAAAGUCGAAGGCUCUUGAAGAUGCCGUUAAUGCCGGUGUUGAGGCUGGCGUUCAUUUCGCCGUUGCCGCUGGCAAUGAUAACUCCGAUGCCUGCAACUACUCCCCGGCUGCCGCCGAGAAUGCCGUGACUGUUGCUGCCUCGACACUUCAAGAUGAACGUGCCUACUUUUCAAACUAUGGAAAGUGUACUGAUAUCUUUGCUCCUGGCCUUAACAUUCUUUCAACUUGGAUUGGUAGCAAGCACGCUGUUAACACCAUCUCCGGAACUUCGAUGGCUUCGCCUCAUAUUGCCGGCCUUCUGGCUUACUUCGUCUCCCUCCAGCCCUCGCAGGACUCUGCCUAUGCUGUUGAUGAGCUCACCCCUGCGAAGCUCAAGAAGGACAUUGUUGCUAUCGCCACUGAGGGCGCUCUUACCGAUGUCCCAUCGGAUACUCCCAACCUCCUUGCUUGGAACGGCGGUGGCUCUGGAAACUACUCCGAUAUCGUUGCCAGUGGUGGUCACAAGGUGUCUGCCGUCAAGGACCGAUUUGAUAGUUUGGUCAACAAAGCUGAGAAGCUUCUCACUGAAGAGCUUGGCGCCAUCUACAGCGAAAUCCAGGAUGCUGUCAUUGCAUAG